AGGACGCCACACCACUCGUAAUUCGGUUGUAAAAACUGUUUCGCGCGGGACAACUUUUCUCGCAUUAUAAUUUUAAUAGAAUAAACAAAAUUUUACUACAUAUAGAGGACAAUUUUAUCUAUGUCGUAGCGUUUUUAUUAUUUGGAUAACAUAAAUACGUUUAAAGUUAUAGGUUUGAGAACAUUUGACUUUUUUGUAUUUUUCAAAUGAUUGUUAAAAAUUAUUGGGUAGUGCUAUCAAAAAAAAAACGACGCUACGACACAGAUAAUUUUCUUCUUAGUAAGGAUUUACAAUUUUGGUAAUUCUAAUGUUAAUAUUGAGGGAGUAAUGUUGUCCCGCGCAAAACAAUUUUUAGCAUAUGGAAUUAUUGUAAAAUAAUUUUUCUAAUUAUUAUCGAAUUAUUCCCUGGUGGCGUAAAACGACAAAACGCGGCUUCCCCCACUCCAUUCAAGCACUCGCGUUUUUCGUCAUCGGCCGGCACCGGGCAGCCGCGCGACAAAUUGUGACAAAAAUAAACAUUUCCGAUAAUCAGAAGUCGAUAGACAUACUAUUAUUAUCUUGAAUAAUGAAUAUAGACCAUAUCUAAACUUAUUUAUAAGCUACACUUGAUUAUGUCGUCGACCGUCGUAGUCACCAUAUGACAGAAUACGCUGUGGAAUUACUAUAUUAUAUUACGAUACCUAUUAUAAUUUAGCAAUAUCAGAAAGGCCUUUAUAUUAAUUACUCAUUAUAUAAAUUGUAUUUAAUUUUUAUGCUGUUGUAUCUAACCAUAUUUUUUUUCGUGCCAAAAUUGUAUUAACCAUUGUUAACAUAAUGUCACCAAAAAAAAUUCGCGUCAUCCAAAAGAAAGGAGCCCGAUCGGGUAAGACUUCUUUAAAAAAAAAAAUGAAAAAAGUUCGUAAUGGGGUUCGUAAGGAUGUGCAAAAUGAAGAUUUAAUUAAUGAAUUAAAUAAUGUAAUUCCGUCUUCUAAUGCAGAAAAUAUGAUUUUGAAUUAUAACUCAACAAUUGUUUACAAUAAUGUUUUAGUACACGAUUUAAAUCUUGAUGAAACGUCUGUAUCGUCUGUAGUGAAUACAUUAUCAUCGGAUAUAAAGUAAAUAUUAAAACCAAGUUAAAUUAUGAAUAUAUUGAAUAACUUUGUUAUUUUAUGAAGUAAUUUAGAUGCAACAUUGAUUUUUCCUGAAUAUAAGGCCUCAUGUUCUCGAUUAGAGUGAGCAAAGAUUUAAUACUAUUUUUCUUAUAAGUACUAUAAGUAUUUACAAAUAAAUUAAUAUGGGCAUAAUAAUAGUGUAUAAUAUAAUUAACAAUUAUUGUAGAGACAACAAUAUUUCUGACCAUAACCUAAGUGUUAUGUAUACUGCAUCUGAAGAUAGUUUAUCAUCGGAAAAUACUACAACUGCCGAGUAAGUGUGUACAAAAAAACUAGUGUUAUGCAAUUUAAUUUAAUUUUAAUUUUUUACUAGAACUUAUAAUAUACUGUAAAACAUUUAUUCAACUAUGUUAUUUUUUGUUUUUUUUUUUUUGAAUUCACAGACCUUUAACAGGCCGAAGAAUUAUUGAUAUUUUUCACUUUAUCAAUCAAAUCCAAAAGGUACACAGUGGUGGGUUCGGUUGUUCAUUUAUUGACAUGGAGUAUCAGAAAGAAACAUUUGUAGGAUUUCAGUCGAUUUUAACAUUCAAAUGUAAAGUGUGUAACAUCAAAAGUAAACUUUAUACAGAAAAUCCUAAAACAGUACAAGUCCCAAUUAAUAAAGCAACUGUUCACGGCUGUCAAGCAAUCGGUAUUGGUCACACACAGCUGUCUGAAUUGUUUUCAUUUCUUGAAAUCCCAUCGUUAUCGAUUAGUGGUUAUACGAAAGUACAAGAAAACGUAGCUGAUAUUGUGCAUGCAACAGCAUGGGAUGAAAUAAAAAAAGCUGGUGAGGAAGAAAAAAAAAUGGCGUUGGAGUGUGGUGAUAUAGACGUAGAUGGCACACCAGUCAUCACAGUUGUUGCAGAUGGGCAGUGGUCUAAACGCAGCUAUCGGACAAAAUACGACGCCUUAUCCGGAGCAGCUACGAUAAUUGGUUUUAAAUCUAAAAAAGUGCUUUUCGUUGGAAUACGCAAUAAAUAUUGUUGUAUUUGCCAAAAAUCGAAAAAUAGUAAAAAAGUCGCACCUGAUCAUCAAUGCUUCCUCAAUUGGAAAAAGUCCUCAACAAGUAUGGAGGCCGAUGGCGUGGUUGAAGGAUUUAUGAAAAGCGAGGAAAUGCAUGGAUUAAAGUAUAAUUGUUUAAUAGGUGAUGGGGACAGCAGUGUGACUAAACGCUUAAAUGAAAUUCAGCCGUACGGUCCCAAUUUUCACAUAAGAAAAAUUGAGUGCCGAAAUCAUUUGAUGCGAAACUAUGCCACCAAACUUACAGUGAUUGCUAGAAACACAAAAUACCCACUUCGUGUUCGAAAAUAUAUUCUAUCGAAUAUUUUACGAUUUAGAGGUGAUAUCACAAAAGCAGUUAUACAUUGGAGAAAUAUAAUUGGAGUAACGAAAUUAGAAAAGAUAAAAGGUAUUCAAAGAGAUGUUGCUAACGCCCCAUACCAUCGACUUGGUCAGCAUCUAAAGUGUGAUUCUUAUUUUUGUAAUGGAUCGAAAAAUAAUGAUUUAAACUUAGUGCCAGAGGCUGAAAGCUCUGGAAUGAUGAAUGAAAUAAAAAACUAUGUAUCAAGACUUGUUUUAAAUUCCGAAAGUUUGUUAGAAAAUAAAAAUAACAACAUGUGCGAACAAUUUAAUUCU